AUGGCGAGACUGGCUGGGGUCUAUUCCUCUAGUGAUGAUGAUCUUCCCGACCUGAAGACGCUGCUUCAGAGACCGAGCACCAGAGCAACGAACAAGGCAGCCAAGCCAACGGAUCCAACCACCACAGCACGUACUUCCAAGGCCAUUAUCAACAACCCUGAAACUAGACGUGUGCGACGUCUAGGAGAAUCCAAGCAACCAACAGCUAAUCCUCUCUUUUCAAAAUGGAUGUCAAGCGAGAGUGAGAGCGUGAGGGGGCGAAGGAGCAAGGCAGAUUCUAAGAAGCUGCCUCGGGAAACAACUCCAACUAGCAGCUUUUCUUCCGGAUCUAGGAAGGACAUGGGCUCUGGCUCUGACUCGGAAGAAGACAGCACCAUGCCGCAGUUUCGCCAGCAACCUAGCAGGGGGAGAAAUCGAAGGAUUAUAGAAGACUCUGACGACAGCGAUAAUAGUGAAGGGAGCUCUGCUUCUGAGAAGGAGACAGUGUUGACAAGAGUACGACGGCUUCAAAGUACCAAGACAAGUACAGUGACGGUGCCUAAUAUGGGCGCCAAACCGCAACCCUCGAAAGUCAAAUCCAAAGCCCUAGCAUUCGCGCGGGAGAUCGAUAGUGAAGCUGAUACUGAAGGAGAUCACGAAGAGGAAGACAUCGAGGAACCAAGCGUCUAUCAAACCGCGGAUGAGGAUUCCGGUUCUGCCUCUGAGCCUGACUGGCUAAACGAUUCUCCUGAAGUUCCAACGAGAAAGGGGACAAGACAGUUCAGCAAUCCACCACCAAGAGUUGCUGGUGCAGGGGGUCGUGUGCCAUCGAUUAAGAAUGCUCCGACCCUACUGCCAAAAGUACCCAACGGUGUUGCAGAUGUUAGCAACAGCAAAACCCGCAACAUCACCAAGAAGCCUACGCCGGGUGUGGAGGUUGCUUCAUCUCGGAAGGCCAGUCAAAGUGAUCGGAAAGCCACUUCUGGCACCAGCACGGCCUCCGACCUUGCCAACACACUUUCCAAACUACGACUUCAGCUCGAAGACUUUUCAGAUGAAGAUAGCAAGGUGUCCAGCAAGGACCAGUUCACCACCCCUCCUAGUACCCCCCCUAGAGCGACCAAUCUCGGAGGUCUUAUCUCUCCGAGCAAAAAGAUUGUUAUACCCAGGACGCCUCAUCAUCCAAGUACGGACGCUUUUUGGAACCAAGAUUUAGUCAAUGAUUGGAAUGAACAGCACUCGCCACGCAAACUUAUGCUCCCUCCUGUCACCAAGAGCCCCAAGAAGGCGAGCCCCAAAAAGGACCCCAAAAAGGAGACUAAGAAAUCUUUCGCCGCUAGAAAACAUGCGCUGGCUGAGAGUUUCCUGCUCGAGCUAGACAGUAAGAUCACUCAAGGCAGAAUCACUGAGCUUGCUGAGCCCACUGGUGGUGUGAAGCUUGUGUGGACGAAGACACUCAACACCACGGCUGGCCGAGCAUGCUGGCGGCGCGAGAUUAUUCGAACCACACGAAAGGCUGACGGCGAACAAAUAUCCGUGAACUAUAAGCAUCACGCCUCAAUCGAGCUUGCUGAAAAGGUCAUUGACGAUGAGCACCGUCUUCUCAAUGUGAUGGCCCACGAAUUCUGCCAUCUUGCCAACUUCAUGGUCAGCGGUGUUACAACAAAUCCUCAUGGUCGUGAGUUUAAAGUUUGGGCGGCAAAGUGCUCAGCCGUAUUUGGUGAUCGUGGUAUUGAGGUGACAACGAAGCACAACUAUGAUAUCGACUUCAAGUACGUAUGGGAAUGCGAUGAGUGCGCAACUGAGUUCAAGCGACACUCCAAAAGCAUUGACCCAAAGCGACACCGAUGCGGCAGCUGCAAAGGAUUGCUGAAACAGACAAGACCGGUUCCCAGAGGAGCGGCAGCAGGGAAAGCCCCAAGUCGAUAUCAGGCGUUCGUCAAGGAGCAGAUGGCUAUUGUGAGGGGGGAGAACCCUGGCAGUCCGCAAAAGGUCGUGAUGAAGCUCAUUGCGGAGAAAUGGGCAAAGCAGGAAGGUAGAUCUGGAAGCAAAGGUCCUAGCAAGUCAGGAGUCGAAGGAAUUGCUGAAACGCUGGUUGAUCUGACGAUUGAGGGUGAAGGAUAG